GCCCCUCCUGGCUUUUCCUCCUUCCCGAACUUUGUGGCUCGGCUUGGGUGCCAGCGAGGGUCAGGGGCUCGGCGGGGCUCUGGGGUCUCCGGAUGCUGGGAAGCGUGGCCCCCCUCCGCACGGGGGACAUGGGCACCCUAUCACGGAGGGGCUCGCUCAGCACCAGGCCGAGGUGGCAGCAGUCUGUAUCCAAGAGCACCUGGCGUCUCCGAGCGGGCACCAUGGAAGCACCCAGCAGGACCCCUGCCAGCCCAACCCACAGAGUCCAGACCAUCAUCCAGAACAGCCCCCUGGACCUGAUCGACACGGGCAAGGGACUGAAGGUGCAGACGGAGAAGCCACAUCUGGUGAGCCUGGGCAGUGGUCGGCUCAGCACCGCCAUCACGCUCCUGCCCCUGGAGGAAGGGAGGACCACCAUUGGCACGGCCACGACAGACAUCAUCCUGCAGGGCCCUGGGCUGGCUCCCCAGCACUGCUACAUCGAGAAUGUGGUGGGGACGCUCACCCUGCACCCCUGUGGCAAUGCUUGUGCCAUUGAUGGUGUGCCAGUGCGGCAGCCCACGCGCCUCACACAAGGGUGCACCAUCUGCCUGGGCCAGGCCACCUUCCUCCGGUUCAACCACCCCGCUGAGGCCAAGUGGAUGAAGAGCAUGAUCCCAGCGGGGGGCAGGAGCCCAGCUGCGCUCUACGGGCUGCCAGCAAAGGCUGAGCCCCUGGUGAAUGGUGGCCAUCAGCCGCCAGAGCACGGGUGUCCCAGCCACAGCUCCCUCGUCAGCUCCAUUGAGAAGGACCUGCAGGACAUCAUGGACUCGCUGGUUCUGGAGGAGCGGGCAUCUCCCGCUGGCAAGAAGCCCCCUGCCUGCAGCCGGUCUCCCUUGUCCCCCGUGGUGAAUGGGGGUGGGCGCUGCCUCCUGUCCCCCCUACCCAGCCCUGGAGCCACGUCGGGAGGCUCCAGCUAUGAGAACUUCUCCCCGCUCUCGUCCCCGGCCAGCAGCGGUGGCUACACCAGCCCCUCGCCCAGCAGCCAGGAGCAGGGUCCAGCCGUGCCACCCCUUGUCCCACUCCGCUCCUCCAGCUACAACCAUGCCGUGCAGCCACCCCCCAUGCCAGCUGGGGGACCUGGCGACCCUUGGCCAGCCGAGCGGCUCGGGGAGCACCGGGCAGGCAGCCCCCGGAUGACCCCCAGAGCAGCCCUGCGGCCACGGGCAGCCCUGCAGGAGCGACCCCCCAGCCCCUUCCGGGAGCCGCGGGAGCCGCAGGCCCCCAGCCGGCAGCCCCCCAGCAGGGCAGCUCCGGAGACGCGGCUGCAGCCCCCCGAGAGCCCUCGGGCAGCCCGGAGGACCAUGGAGAGCAUGCGGGAGCUGCCCCCGCUGAGCCCGUCCCUGUCGCGCCGCGCCGCCAGCCCCCGCGUGGUCCCUGAUGCCCCCUCCCCACAGCCCCGGCUGGGCAGGGAGGUGCCCGGCAGCCCCCGUGCCCGGCGCAAGGGCCCAGAGGAGCCGCGGGGCACCGGGAGCCCCUCGCCCCCGCUGCCGACAGACACCCCCCCCCGCCGCCCCAGCUUCGGCUCCUGCCUGAGCCCUGCGUACGGGUUGGGCUCCACAGCCAUGCCCUCGCCCCGGCAGAGCCCCCGCACCCCCAGGAAGCCCCUGGGGGACCCCCGGCUGCUGGCAGGGCCGCGGGAGCGCAAGAACAGCAUCACCGAGAUCAGCGACAAUGAGGACGAGCUGCUGGAGUACCACCGGCGGCAGCGGCAGGAGCGGGUGCGGGAGCAGGAGAUGGAGCGCCUGGAGCGGCAGCGCCUGGAGACCAUCCUGAACCUCUGUGCUGAGUACACCAAGACAGACAGCACCGAGCUGGGUGACGUGCACCAGCUCCUGGCUGGUGAUGCGGGUGCUGGCCGGCGGGUGCCCAGGGGUGCCGUGGCUCUGGGCUGUGCUGCUGAGGAGCUGCGGCAAAGGGAGAGCCUGGAGAGGUCAGAUGAAGAGAACCUGAAGGAGGAGUGCAGCAGCACUGAGAGCACCCACCACGAGCACGAGGAGCUGGUGGGCCCCCGAGCCAAGGAGGCACAGCGUCUGGAGGAGGAGCGCGCCAGCGUGCUCGGCCGCCUGGACCAGCUCAAGGGCCGUGUCAAGGAGCUGGAGCAGCAGCUGCAGGAGACAUCACGAGAGGCCGAGAUGGAGCGAGCGCUGCUGCAGGGCGAGCGUGAGUCGGAGGCUGCGCGGCUGCGGCAGGAGCAGGAGGCAGUGCAGCAGCUGCAGGAGAAGCUCUCCAGCCUGGAUGCCAGCAUCCGGAAGGAGCGGGACAAGGAGGCGGAGGUGCUGGAGAGCGAGGCCAAGCUCUUUGAGGACCUGGAGUUCCAGCAGCUGGAGCGGGAGAGCCGCCUCGAGGAGGAGCGCGAGGCGCGGGGACAGCAGCUCCUGCAGAGCCGGGCCGAGUGCCACCGCAGCAUCGCCCGCAGGAAGGAACGGGUGGCUGCCCUGGAUGCCCAGGCUGCCCAGAUCCGGCUGCAGAGUGCCCAGGAGGCCGAGCACCUCGCCAGGGAGAGGAAUGGUGUCCUACAGCUCCUGCAGAAGGAGAAGGAGAAGCUUGUGUCUCUGGAGAGGCGAUACCAGCUUGUCACAGGCGGCAGGAGCUUCCCCAAAAUGUCCUCAGCUCUCAGAGAGGAGACCCUCCAUAUCUCAGAGCCUUAUGAGCUGUUGGAGGGAACUAAGCCCCUGAGCCCCCCGCCAGCUGCAGCUGCCUCCUUAGCUUCUCCUGCCGCCCGCUCCUACCCCAGGCAACACGAGGAGUACAUGAGGCUGUCUGACGUUUUCAGGUUCUGCAGCAAUGCGCACGGCCCCAGCCCGGACACUAAAGCUUCUGCUGCUGCCUCUGCUGCUGCUCAGCGCUCUUUCUUGCUUGCUGUACCUCCUGCAGCUGAUGAGGUCUAUCGUGCCAAGACGGAAGGUGAUGCUGGUGUCCUCACACCUCGGAUGAAGAGCGGGACCCCCUCAUCCUCGCAGCUCAACCUCUCCAUGCUGGGGCGCAGCCCCUCACCCAAGCCCAGUGCCUGCCGUUCUGUCCAGGGCCCCCUGAGCCCAGUGGGCAGCCUGCCCCACAACCUGGCGGCCACGCUGCAGGACAUCGAGACCAAGCGCCAGCUGGCCCUGCAGCAGAAGGGUCAGCAGGUGAUCGAGGAGCAGAAGCGGCGCCUGGCAGAGCUGAAACAGAAAGCGGCCGCCGAGGCUCAGUCCCAGUGGGAAGCCCUGCAUGGGCAGCCCCCCUUCCCCACCACCUUCCCCCGCCUCGUGCAUCACUCCAUCCUCCACCACCACCGUCCCCAUGGCAGCAGGCCCUGCGCCGAGGAGGUGGACCACGCAUAUGACACCCUAAGCCUGGAGAGCUCGGACAGCAUGGAGACCAGCAUCUCCACCGGCAACAACUCUGCCUGCUCGCCUGACAACAUCUCCAGUGCCAGCGGCAUGGAGGGAGGGAAGAUCGAGGAGAUGGAGAAGAUGCUGAAGGAGGCACACGCGGAGAAGUCGCGGCUGAUGGAGUCCCGGGAGCGGGAGAUGGAGCUGCGGCGGCAGGCGCUGGAGGAUGAGCGCCGGCGCCGGGAGCAGCUGGAGCGGCGGCUGCAGGAUGAGACCACGCGGAGGCAGAAGCUGGUGGAGAAGGAGGUCAAGCUGCGCGAGAAGCACUUCUCGCAGGCUCGUCCCCUGACGCGGUACCUCCCCAUCCGCAAAGAGGAUUUUGACCUGCGGCUGCACAUUGAGUCCUCGGGCCACAGUGUGGACACCUGCUACCAUGUCAUCCUCACAGAGAAGAUGUGCAAGGGCUACCUGGUCAAGAUGGGCGGCAAGAUCAAGUCUUGGAAGAAGCGCUGGUUUGUCUUCGACCGCAUGAAGCGCACCCUUUCCUACUAUGUGGAUAAACACGAGACGAAGCUGAAGGGUGUCAUCUACUUCCAAGCCAUCGAAGAGGUUUACUACGACCACCUCCGCAGUGCUGCAAAGAGCCCCAACCCUGCGCUCACUUUCUGUGUCAAGACGCACGACCGCCUUUACUACAUGGUGGCCCCCUCGGCUGAGGCCAUGCGCAUCUGGAUGGACGUCAUUGUCACUGGGGCAGAGGGGUACACCCAGUUCAUGAACUGAGGGUGGCGGGUGCUGCGCACCCCAGAUCCACCAGUGUGAUGGACUCCUGAGCUCCCCAAGCUGCAGGGAUGUCCUGUGGGGGACCUGUGCCGUGGCCAUGCGCCCAUGUCGGGUGGCACCAGCAUCUGCUCAGCCAAGGGAGGAACUGUUUUCUUUUUUAAGUUGACUUUUUAAAAACAAGUUUAUUGGAAACGUAUCAAAGUGCUGAAACAUAAAGAGCUGCCAAAGAGCUGCC